GCAGACAAUGAUGACACAAAUGAGAACCUUAGUGCAGCUUCCUAUAUUUGACCGGUACCUUAUUGCCUUGUGCGUGUAAAUUUCAAUACCAUCUCCCCCAAAAUUCUUCUCUCAGUCAAAUCAUCAAACACUGAAUCUGCCAUUCCAAAAUUGUUCUCUUUUAACUCCCCUUUCCCACCAAUUUCUCUUCAGUAACAUACACAGAACAAUACUAAAAAAAAAAUCUGCCAUUUCCAAUAUUGUUCUAUUUUAAAUCCCUUUCCCACACUACAUAGAGUUGCAAUACGAACAAUCCAAAAAAAAUAAAAAAAAAUGGGAUUUUUGAAGGAAGAUAGGAGAACAAGAGUUUUGAGAUGGGUUAAAACUCUCUUCUUUUUGAUCUCGAUGUUGAUAUCACUUCUCCUAUUUUCUGCCCCGAUUCUUAUUGUGAUUGCUGAUACACUACUUCCUUCGCUUUUGUUGUCUGUCUCUAUAUCUCCGUCGUAUCUCUCUGUUCAAACUGUUUCUUCAUAUUUGAGCAACUAUGAUUUUCGGUAUUCGCUCGUUGAUAUUCCGAUUAUAUCCAUCGUUAGAUCGGUCAUCAUUCUAUGUGUUUAUAGCUUAUGUGAUGGACCAAGGCUAUCAAGAGGACCAUACUUGGGGAUUGCCACAAUUUGUUCAGUGUCAUCUUUGGUGUUUGUGUCCUUUAAGGCUUCAUAUGUAUUUGCACAUAGUUCGAGUAUGGAUCGAGGAGGGUAUAUUCGAGCUAUGGAGAUGGCGUUGUUUGUAUGCUCGUUAGCUCUGGCCGUUGCUCAUGUAGUCGUGGCGUAUAGAAUUAGCUGCCGGGAAAGAAGAAAGCUUCUUGUUUACAAGAUUGAUAUCGAAGCUGUCUCAGCAUUAAAGACCGGAUCAUUUUAUCGAUAUCUUAAAGUUACUCCCUUCAGAAAGAGUGAAGUAAAACUCAAAUCUACAGAGUCGAUACGCACAUGAAAUUGCUAUUCUAGUUUUCUUUGAACCUAAUCCAGUUUCCACAGAGCAGGUUUCAGGUAUAUCCAAAGGAGAUCUGAAGCCUAAUUGGUCAAAGUGAAAAAGUUUUUAUAUACAAAGUAUAUAUUAAAAGAAAAAAAGGAAGAACAAGAUUAUGUAUAUGUGUGCAAAUGUGGUGUGUGUUCUGCAUCAGCAAUUAGUUAAAUAUAGAGAUGGUGAUACAGGACAAGAGCAUUAUGAUUCAGCACCCAUUGCUCUGCUUAUGUAACUUGUACAGAUAUUUGUUCUAUAUGCCAAUUGUGUUUCUUGGAUUAGCAAAUAGCAUUCUUGUUUUGUCAUAUGUAUCAAAUGGAUAUAUAUCUUUUUAUAAACCUAACUUUAUACCUCGAAA